AUGAGAAAUAAAAACUUUCUAUACUCAUUCCUUCUCUUAGUCGGUGUCUCCUAUUUACUUUGUCUCAUCUUGGGUGAGAGUGAAGUUUUUUGGGCCUUGCUCUCAAAGGUGGGAUACUCCGGUACGACGCGAGCCAUAUUUAUACCAUUUCUCAAAUUGACAGGUUGCUCCGGAAGGCUGGCUCUUGUUCUGUUUUUCGCCGUGAAAGCGGUGAAUGGAACCCUCUUCAAAGAUUUUUUCUCUUGUAUGGAAGAAGCUGGGCCGUCUUCGGGCGCAUCAAGCUCUAACCCGGGUAAUCCCGUUGUACCCCCUAUUGAUCAAGGUCUACACGGCGAAGUGAAAAAAGAUGAAGUUUGGGGGGUGUGGACACACUUGCGCGAAUUCGGGGAAUUUCCCAUCCCUACUCCAAAAGAAAGCACGGUUCUACAGCCGGCGGUGCUGGAAACGCCUCGGGACGGGGGUCCGUUCACAAGGGGGGCCACCCCCCAGGCGUCGCCCCAACAAACCUCCCCCUCCCUUGUGGAAGGGGCCGCAAAAUUGGCGACCAAUGAGGCGGCCGCCGGGUGCGCCCAAGCCUGUAGCGAGGGGUUGAUCCAACGGGCGGCCCAUUGUCCCGACUGUUUCUGGGACUGUGUGGCGGGCUCAUGCUGUCUAUUCUGUUCGUAA